CUCCAGCACCUCGACCUGCGACUUGCGCUCGACCUCGUCCUCGUCCUCAUGCCGCCUCGCCCGCCGCCAUGGACCCAGGGUCGCAAGUUCGGCGUCGUCAUUGAUGCCGGCAGCAGCGGCUCGCGCAUCCAGGUCUACAGCUGGAUCGACCCCGACAUCGCCCUCCACGACCGCAAGGCCCAGGGCAAGAACGUCGACGUGCUCAACAAGGUCGAGAAGGGCGUCGAGGACGGCGACGGCUGGCACCUCAAGGUCGAGCCCGGCAUCUCGACCCUCGGCGCCAACCCGGACGGCGUCGCCGCGUACCUGCGGCCCCUCAUCGAGCAUGCGGCGUCCAUCAUCCCGCAAGAGCAGCUCUCGUCGACCCCAAUCUACCUCCUCGCGACCGCCGGCAUGCGCCUCCUCCCCGAGCAGCAACGCGACGCCGUCCUCGCCGCCACGUGCUCGUACCUGCGCACCUUUCCCUUCCACCUCCCCGACUGCGCCGACCAGGUCCGCGUCAUCUCGGGCGAGGAGGAGGGCCUGUACGGCUGGAUCGCCGUCAACUACCUCAUGGACGGGUUCGACAAGCACGAGCACGCGGCGGCCGGCGACCGCAAGCCGAGCUCGACGUACGGCUUCCUCGACAUGGGCGGCGCCUCGACCCAGAUCGCGUUCGAGCCAUCGGCCGUCGAGCAGGUCAAGCACGCCGACAACCUCGUCGACAUCAAGCUGCGCCUCCUGAGCGGCAAGGUCGUGCGCCACCCCGUGUUCGUCACCACGUGGCUAGGGUACGGGACCAACCAGGCCCGGACCCGCUACGUCGACCAGGAGGUCAAGAAGCACCUGCGCGCGGCCGACAAGGAGCACGUCGGCGACGGCGAGGGUCAAGAACUCGGCUCGGCCGCCGCGCUCGUCGUCGACGACCCGUGCCUGCCCAAGAGCCUCCUCCUGUCGGACGGCCGCCACUCGGGCUACACGCUCAAGGGCACGGGCGACUUUGCCCAGUGCCUGCGGCGGCAGGCGCCGCUCCUCAACAAGGAGGUCAAGUGCCUCGACGAGCCGUGCCUGUUCAACGGCGUCCACGUCCCGCCGAUCGACUUUAGCGUCAACCACUUCAUCGGCAUCUCCGAGUACUGGUACUCGACGCAGGACGUGUGGGGCGCGGCGCUCAACGGCGCCGGCGGCGUGUACGACUACGUCGAGUUCGAGCGGGCCGCCAUCGAGUACUGCGGCCGCGAGUGGGACGACAUCAUGGACGACGUGCGCGCCGAGCAGGGCAAGUGGCGCAACGGCGUCGAGGUGUCGAGGCUCCAGUCGCAGUGCUUCAAGGCGGCCUGGAUCGUCAACAUCCUCCACGAGGGGAUCGGCAUCCCGCGCAUCAUCGACCGCGGCGGGCGCGGCGACGGCACCAACUCGACCGAGGAGGGCAUCUCGAAGGCGAUCGGCAAACACCUCGUCGACGAGCCGCCGAGCUUCCAGUCGAUGAACGAGGUCAACGACGUCGCCAUCAGCUGGACCUUGGGCCGCAUGGUCCUCGAGGUCGCCAAG